AGUGCGCCGGGUUCCAUUUUUGGGUCAGGCUUGUGGGUCGGCUUUUCUCCCCCAAUUCCGCGCCCUACGUGGGUGCCAGGUGCGCUCAAACGCGGAGCGGGGCGGAGCCGGCCCGCGCAGCAGCGGCGUGUUGUGUCAGCGGGUGCAGCGCGGGGCUGCGGAAGCGGAAGGAGCGCAGCACGGCGGCGCGGAGGCGCAGGCGGCCGCCGGGGCACACCGUCCGGCAGGAGGCGGCGGUGGCGGCUUCGGCGGGGGCGGGAGCGGGAACCCCGGGCCGCGCAAGAGGCCGCUAGAUCGGAGGCGGAACGCCUCACGCGGGGCGCUGCUUUCCCUGCAGGCCCUUGGGCUCGCCUGUCUGCCUGCCACCGAGCGGACGGGGCGGACGAUGGGUGCGCGCGCCGGGUCCCCACCGCGGCCCCUGCAGCUCUCAGCGCCACCACUGCUGCUGCUGCUGCUCCUGCUUCUCGAGGGGCUAGGACCGCCCGGGGCGCAGGCAGCGCGGAGUCGAAGCUCAGACAAGCAGAACACCUUCCGCCGGGCCGCCAGCGGCGUCUACCAGAGCAUCAGCAACCUGUGCGGGGAGGACAACGUGCGCGCCGUGCAGAAGUUUUUCUCCAGGUCAACUGAACGAUUUGUAAACAGCGUGGAUGUGUUUGUAGAGACGCUUUGGAGACUGUGGACUGAUCUGCUGGAUGUUCUCGGAAUUGAUGCCUCGAACCUGACUCAUUAUUUUAGCCCUGCAGCUGUGGCCAACAAUCCCACCCGAGCUCUGCUGUUGGUUGGUGCAGUCCUCUUGGCCUACUGGUUCCUGUCUCUCUUCCUGGGAUUUCUCUUCUAUCUUUUGCACGUGCUAUUUGGUCGCUUCUUCUGGGUUGUGAGGGUCACCCUGUUUGCCCUCUCCUGCGUGUAUAUUCUGCAAAAGUAUGAAGGGGAGCCUGAGCAGGCUGUGUUGCCCCUCUGCUUAGUGGUCGCGAUUUACUUUAUGACGGGCCCUGUGGGCUUCUACUGGAGGAGUGGAGGCACCAGUGGUGGCUCCAACCUCAGCCUGGGCAGCCACAACCUGGAGGAGAAGAUUGACCACCUCGAUAACCAGAUCAGACUUCUCAACAUCCGUCUCUCCCGGGUGCUCGAAGGCAUUGAUCGAGACAGCGACAAAUGAACCAAGCCAGGUUAAUCAUCUCUCACCAGCUCUUGGACAUCAAAAAGCACUAUCUUACUAAAAGUUACAAAGCAGUAACACAACAAACACAGUGUGAGGUUAUUGGACCACAUUACAACUUUAGGCUGAGAAGAAUUUUAAAACCACUCACGUAGAGCACUGAGACACCCUGAGAACCAUUAGUUGUUAAAAAAAAAAUAUUUUUUCAAAAAUGAUAAAACCCACAUUAGCUGUAUACUAAAAGAUUUAUCCAUGCAUAGAACAUACAAUUACUUUUUUCAAGUGUUUAAAGACAUAUUUUGUAAGGUUUUUAUAAAGGCAGAUUGAGUCAAGUCUAUUAAACCUUUAAGCAAGGCAAAGAUUAUGCACAUUUGGCAUUUUAGAGAAGAUUAAUCUCAAGCAUUUGUUUUCCCAGCUCUGAAAAUACAUUGUGGGUUCCACAUGUACAGGGUUUCCAUUUUCACAAGUUGUGAGCUUUGGGGGGAAGAGGAGAAUAUAGUUGGGGUUAUUAGAUGUCAUUUGGUGUAUGAACAAAUAGGAAACUUUGAGUUCAGGCCAACAGAUGUAAUUAUUAUUAAUUGUCAUUGCCCCAUUCAAGUUUACUUUAAGGAAAUUUUUUAAUUUUUAUUAUUUUUUUCAAGCCUACUUUUAAAUGAAGAGUCCAUUUCUUACAAGUAGACCUGGGAUUUUUUCUGUAUUUCAUCAUACUUGAAACCAGGGAUUUUCCUCCAGAGAAAGUAAAAAUCCAAGGAUCAGGCAGAGAAACAUUUGGGACCUUUGAGUCUGAAGUUAUGCUAGCAAGAUGGUAGUUGCACUGAUAUUUUAAACAGGCAGGUCUUGGUUUGAUAGCCCUUUUGGUUGCCUCAGGACCCCCAUUGGACUUCUGAAAGACAAAAAACAAAAACCAAUAAACAGCAGCUAACACAACUUGCAAAUCUGUUGUUUUGGCAUUCUCUCAGGACCACUAAGCAGCAAUAAGCACUCUUCAGGUUUUAUUCUUAAUAUUUUAAUAGUAGAAUCUUUAGAUGCUUUUUGCCUGAAGUCUGUGGUAUCUUCAUUUUCGGUGAUCCUUGGAGAAGUUAGUUAAUGCACCAUGGAGAUUGGUAUCAUAGGGACAGGAGGAUUUGAGGAUGCUCUGUUUGGGAGGGGGGUCAUAAAAAUGUUUUUGUUUGCCAGUUAACUCCCAGGGUUAUGACUCCUAUCAGCUUGAGUGAAAUCUGCUGGAACGAAAUCCAGUACCUCAGGGAAGUCUGCACAAAAGCAUCCCCAGGUCUGGGGGGGGGGGGGGGGUCAUGGAUAUUUCCACAGGUGCCCAAAGAGGCUGCCUCUUCUCUACCGAUUUCCUCCCUGACCACUUUUCCUAUCAAACCACUAAGAGGAAAUUUGGCAGGAGGUAAGGGGAGUUUGGAGAAGGAAUCUGGCUUGUCCAAUUUGGGGGUCUUGAUUUGUAGGGCCCAGAAUUUAACAACCCGUAUGUGAUUUUUUUUCUUUGCAAGCAUUUUGGAAAGACAUCAUUUUUUGAAAAUUUUAUAAAACUCAUAUUUUUAAGUUGCACGUAAUGGAACACACAGCUGCUUUGAUUGACUCCCUAUUGAUCAGGGAGUGCUGAUUCAGAGUCUAUGGAGUCAAUAUUUAUAGGUAUUGGAAACACAUUUUCUGGGUUGAAAUGGUUCCAAUAGUAUCUCACAUCCUGAAAAUUUGUGUGUUUUUAGCACAGUGUAUAUUUUAACACCUCUGGGAGCUGGGCUCAAGGGGCAGGGGGGGUCAUUUUCAUUCUCACUUAGGUUUCAGGACCCUCCCCAAAUUACUUUUUGGAAUUAUUGUUGGUAUGAUUUGUAUUCUCUAGAUACUUAAAUACUUCUUCCCUAUUGUAGAACACAUGGACAAGCUCUAUCAGCUACAAAAUGUCUUGAGUUUUAAGUCUUUUUUUUUGGUUGGUUGGUUUGUGUGUUUAAAAGUUUUUUCCUGGAGUAGAAUUUGUUUCUCUAUUCUUCAUUUUUCCAGAGUUGUAAAACAUAGGAGAGGUAUCUUGCUAGACAGAUAACAAGACCAGAGAAGGGAAAAAAAAACUUGCCUUUUUAGUAAAUUUGAAGGACAUGGUGGUGUGGGUGUACAUACAUAGUGAGAACAAGCUUGUCUAUGAGAGAAAAUACCUUGAAAAUGGAGCCCAGUGCUAAAAACCCCAACUCUGUAAUAGGCACCAUUCUUCUGGGUAGCAAGAAAGACAAGAUUCAUGCCUGCUUUUUCUAUGGAAGCUUAUCUGUGUAUAAUUUUAUACUGUUUAAUAUACAUGUAGGGAGACAUCUUUCUCUUUUUAAAUGAAGUCUUCAACUAGCGAUAACAUUCUUAAAGGGUUGCCGGUGUUUUAAAACUGAUCGGAAUCAUAGAUGCUCAUGACAGAAACUUUCACUUUGAAGAUCCUGUGUCCAUACAUACUAACUUUUGACAACUUGGCUCAGGCUGGCCUUCGUUUUCUAGGGAGCUUUUGUAGAGAAGAACUUCAGUUGGACGAAAGCUGAUAUAAUAGCCACUCCCCUCAACCCGUCGCCCCCAACCUUUUCUUUUGAGCCUACCCUUUUGUAUGUGGAAAAAUAUAUUUUUGUACCAUGUGUCUCAUACCUUGAACAACAUUUUGUAUAUCUUAAAUGCUGUAGGGUAAUAGAAUACAGAGCAAUACUUCUCACGAUAGGUUCUCAUGACUUCUAUGAUGCUAUUAUAAAUAAAAAUGGACCACAUGAAGCUAAUCAGUAUUAAUUUCCCCACUCUCAAUAUCAUGAUGGUUAUUUACUGAAGGUAAUAAUUUUGAACAAGAUAAUUGCAAACUAUCUAUAUCUGAAUAUUAAUGUGAAUGUUAGGGAAAAGUGGUUUUAUUUUUCCUCCAGUGCAAAGUUUAGUUUAUCCCAUUCUCUGCACAUGACAUUGAAGUACAUUCCUUUAAUAUGUUAAAAUAUAUUUUUCCAUACAAAGUUCUAUUGCUGCCCUCCCUUACCCAGUCUUUCUGCUUCAGUUCCAAUUCCAAUCCCAUUGAUGUGGGUGGGGAGUAGUAAAUCUGCUUUCUUGUAACAGGAUUUCCCAAAAAUGCCAGCUUCGCCCUGUCCCCUGAAUGGCCAGGGGUAAGCUUUAACUGCUUCAUUUCUGCUUGGCCUGACACUCCCUUGCUCCCCCUCCCCCUGAAACCAUCUCUUUUUAAAACAGACCUUGAGAAAAAAGGACACUUCUCUUGCUGGUUGAUACUCAUUGGUGGAUUUUGAAACUGGCUGAUCUAACAAUAAAUUCAGCCAUCAUCUUAAAAAGGAUUAAGACAAAAAAGUUUAAGAUGUCAAAACUCCUACGCUAUGGGUGUUCAUUGAAAUGUCUCCCAAUUCUACAAAAGUCCCUUGUUCUAUGGCAGUUUGUAAAUUUCAGAGCUUCGCCUCUCACCUAUACAUAAUGGAAUUCUUUCUCUUUUCCGAAUGUGAUACAGUGCUUUUAAUUGGUAUUGGGUGUCAUUCUGUAUGCUGUAUAGUAUCUGGUAUAAAUCAGCCUUGUUCCUGAAUUUCACAUUCUUUUUGACUGUUUAGCUAUCAAAACACCUUGUCGAUGCCCUGUCCUGUGGAAUGUAGACUGGUACCAAUUUAGGCUCUCCAAUGGCAUUGUUUCUGAUUGUGGUUCCACAUCACAUAUGAGUUCUCUAUAUUUGGCAGCUAAUGGAGUUACGGACCAUAUGUUUAAUGUCUAUUUUUAAAAAUAUAAAGGUUUUAUUGUAAUGUCAACUUAAUAACCGCAUGUGUUAAAAUCUCUUGAAUCCUGUGUUUCAUUGAAUUCUUGUGAUGGUAAUGUUGAUAAGUACCCUUCAACAUCCAAUGAGACAAUGAUCCUCAUUUGCCCUAUAACUAACUGGAAAUUGCAUCUUUUAAUUGACACCAGUUGUCAGCACUGAUAUUAGUGAUUUCAUAUUGUUUCAUACGCCUGAUUGCAGAUUUAGAUAGAAAUUAAGUUUGUAAAAGCCGUGGGGAUUUUUUUGUUUUGUUUUGUUUUGUCUUUUCUUUUCUGUAAAACAACUUGAUUUGUUGAUAGUGAUGUGUAUAAGACUCAAGGCAUGUGACCCUUGGGGAAUCAGGUCUACUGCUGUCAUUGUUGGGAAUCCUGAAUAUAUCAAACUUAUUUUUACAAAGGUAUAUAUACAUUCCUUUAUUUAUUCAAUGAUCACCAGAUUGAUGUUAUGUAGUGAAAUAUUUGUAGGCUGAUUUCAGAACUGAAAUAAGAUAUUGUGAAAAUUAAAGCUUAAUAAAUGUUUACCGUA